CGGUUGGCGGAGGGAGUUGGCGCUACAGGCCAGGUGGGGGCCGCGGGCUGCGAUGCGGACGGCGCCGGGGCGGUGACCGCAGCUGCCGCCCGACAUGAACUCGCUGGAGCAGGCGGAAGACCUCAAGGCUUUCGAGAGAAGGCUUACUGAAUAUAUUCACUGCUUGCAGCCUGCCACAGGACGUUGGAGAAUGCUGCUUAUAGUGGUAUCUGUCUGUACAGCUACUGGUGCCUGGAACUGGCUAAUAGAUCCUGAAACACAAAAGGUGUCCUUCUUCACAUCAUUGUGGAAUCACCCAUUUUUUACUAUUAGCUGUAUCACUCUAAUAGGCUUGUUCUUUGCUGGAAUACACAAGAGAGUAGUUGCACCAUCAAUUAUAGCUGCUCGAUGUCGAACUGUUUUGGCAGAGUACAAUAUGUCUUGUGAUGAUACAGGAAAACUAAUUUUGAAACCUAGGCCUCACGUUCAAUGACAGUCUGCACUCAUUGUUAUGGGACCUAAAACAGUCUCUCUUCAAAUAAGUGAUACCGCAAAAAGCCAUAAGGAUUCCUUUUGCAGUUGGAUACGUGAAGGUUAUAGCAACAACAGACAAGAAGUGUGCAAUAUUUCCCAAGAUUGUCUUGAUGAUGACUCAAGUUGUUGGUGCUUUGGUACCUUUGAUUACCUGUGUUCAGUAUUAGUGUCACUUUAGUACUUCAGUUCCUGCAAAGAGUUUUGCAGAUGAAGUAUGCAUCUAUGUUACUAAGUUAAACUUAGAAGCCGAACCUCACUCAGUUUUUAUAAUGUAUUUUUGCAAACUACUGUAAAUAGCAAAUCAAUGCCAACAUUAAACAAAGAGGAAGAUGUGUGGACCUUAUUCCCCUGCACCAGUAUUUCAGGAACAUCUGCUUGCCAUCCUCACAGCUCUCUAACACUGGCUGUUAUGUGUGCCUUUCAUUCUUUCUUCUCUUAAUUGUACUGCAGGAAAAACAACAGAUUCUGCUUAGACUGAGGAAAACUCAUCUCCAUUAUGUUGUAAGAAAUUACAGAUGUUUUGAGAAUUUUUGUUAAACCAGAUUCUUAAGUACAGCAGCUCUGUGAUUAUUUUCAGUCCAUUGUUUUAUUUAGUGCUAACUAUAUAUUUUUUUUAAGAUUUUGUUUAUCCUGACUUUCACUUGUGUAAAGUUUUAUUUUUUGAACUGCAGCAAUAAAACCCUCUGCUCCUAAGAAGUCUGAAGAGGGCAUUCUACAAAUUCUGCUGUUUUAUUUUCUGUAAAUUUUGUAGGUAAAUAUGUGCAUAAAAAUAAAUACUUUAUAUAUAACUA